UUGAUUUUUGCGCGUAUACUGCGUGGCCUUUAAUCUUUUGAGUGAUUCAUAAUUGAAUGAAAUUAGAUACACUUUCUGAUUCUAGCCAAGAAAAUUAAACGGCAAAUUCAGAAUUUUGCAUCUGAUAGCUGUUUUUGUUAGGAUUGUUAGAUUAGUUCAUUUGUAAAUGAACACUCAGAAGAUUGAUUGCCAGGAAUAUGUAGAACAGAACCUUGGAUUCAUUAGGGACUGCAAUUUUGAAUAUGUUAAUCAUGUUGGUUUUCAACAGCCUUGGAACAGGGGAAUCAGGAUUCAGGCACCUGCUAUGGAGGGAGGGUCACAGCAGCAAAAUCCUGGAGCUGCUAAAUUAUCCAAUACAAUUAUGAGUGGUAUUCAGUCUCCAGCAUCUGCUUGUUAUGCAACUGAAAUAUGCAUGGGGUUUCCCCCAUACGGGUCCCAAAAGGGUAGUUCUUCUUCCUGCUCCCAGUACAACAAUAACUGCAAUUCUCAGUUUCAUUCAUUUCAUGAUUCAGGGGAGAACUUUUCCAUUGAAUCAGUUGUUCAAGAUGAACCCAACUAUGAAUUGAGAAAUACAUUGCAGCCACUGGUGAAAUCCCAAAUUUGCAGCAAUCAAUACCAGAAGUCCUCGGAAAAGUCCUACAAAAUUCCAUGCACCAAUUUACAGGGAAGCCAGGUUCCCUCACAUGAUCAAUGUAACUUGCUUGGAAACAGUGCUGCUACUGUUGGGAAUCACUUUUCGGUUCCUUUCCGAGGAAAUCAGGAUCAAAGAGCUUAUUGUAAUUCUUAUAGUUCUCCACUGGAACAACUAAGCUUCUUUCAGCAAGAGAAGCAGUCUUCAAACUAUUCUUCCGGGGGCUUUUCUGUUUCUUCUGGUAACUCUGUUUCAACCGGGGCAGUGGUAGCUAGUAAAACUCGAAUAAGGUGGACACAGGAUCUUCAUGAGAAGUUUGUGGAGUGUGUUAAAUGCCUUGGUGGUGCUGAGAAGGCAACUCCAAAGGCAAUUCUGAAACUGAUGGACACUGAAGGAUUGACCAUCUUUCAUGUGAAAAGCCAUUUGCAGAAAUAUCGUUUUGCAAAACACAUGCCAGACUCUGCUGAAGGAAAAUUAGAGAAAAUAAUUCGUACAACUGAUGUAACUCAGAUCGAUGUCAAAACUGGUUUGCACCUCACAGAAGCAUUGCAACUUCAGUUAGAUUUCCAGAGGCGUCUUCAUGAACAAUUAGAGAUUCAGCGAAAUUUGCAGUUGCAAAUUGAAGAACAAGGAAGGCAACUUAAGAUGAUGAUUGAUCAGCAAACAAAAACAAAAGAAAGUCUUCUAAAAAACCAAGAUUUCGACAUCACAACCUUUGAUCCAUCAUUUAGCCUCGAAGACAUUGAAGCCUCAAUUGCAGAAAAUUCAGAAAAUGUUCACUUCCCAUCCAAGAUAAGUUAGAGCCUCAAAAUUCAAGUCAUAAAAUGGCCAUUUACAAAAAAACAAGCGUUCAUGGCUCGUCAAAAAAGCCCAAGAACAAGACUGUCAAACAGAUGACCGUAACUAAACCAUAGAAAUAUAAAUGAGUUUCAAUCAUGAGUCGUGCCCUUAAGAGCUUGGACAUGUGAAUGUGUGUUGAACUAUUAAUGCACAUCAAGCUCUUAUAAACAACCAUGAAAUGUUUUAAUUGCCAUAGACUGGGCCAUAGAAUCCUCCUUUAUUUUUCUUUUCCUUCUUUUUGAUAGUUUGCUUGCAAUAAAAUUCAAUACCCUGUAUGUGAGAAAGUUGGAGACUAUUUGUGCUCAUUUGCUAGUUUUUUUACAUUUGAUAAAUAGAUAAAAA